CCUUGUGGCUUGGAUUUGAAUUUGAAAGUCCAGGCUGAGGGGCCGGAGUGCAGCAGCCGCCCGAGUGUCAGUGAAAUGCUCGAAACAGUCCCGUGUGCCCCUGAGAAUGUUAGCGCCACUUUGGUCUGUUUCAAUAAUUCAGCCCUGGUUUCGUGGGAGGGAAGCCCAAGUGCUAUAGGCUACAAUGUGACAGCCACAGACCAGACUGGACGCACACACCUGUGCCAAACUAACACAACCAGCUGUCAGCUACCUGACAUCCACUGCGGUGAAACCUACAACACCACAGUGAUGCCAUACUCCAAAACAUGCGCAGGGCACCCAAGUGCAGCUUACGUCUUCAAAACAGGUCUUUGUGCUCCAAGCAACGUCACCGUGUCUCCAUCAUGUGAGGACAGCACUGUCUCUUGGUCUCAUGUACCAGGAGCUGAAAUGGUCAUAGCAACAGCAACAGCAGAUGAUGGCCACACACACACAUGCAGAUCAAACUCUUCCAACCGGUGUAAUUUCACUGACCUUCACUGUGGGGAAACGUAUAACAUUACUGUUGUCACCGUGGACAGAGGCUGCUGGAGUGAGCCUAGCUCAGCAAUUGAGCUCAAAACAGCUCUGUGUCCAACCACUAAUUUGACAGGCCAAGUAAGUUGUGAUACCAACACACUUACCCUCACUUGGGACCAGAGUCCAGCAUCCUUGGCCACCUACACUUUAAAAACUGAGAUGAUAGGAGGCCCACUUCCUCCUGCAGAGUACACAACCUCUAAUACCACCCACGAAAUGACCAACCUGCUGUGUGGACAAAGAUAUGCUUUUUACAUUGCAGCACAGGAGAGCAACUGUCGCAGCAGAUACAGUCCGUCCAUAGAAUUAAGCACAGCCCCAUGUCAACCAACAAACUUCUCUGCUCGUGUGGACUGUGGGACAAACAAAGGGAACUUCUCCUGGGCUGAAACCACCGGAGCAGGUUUUUACACAGUUGAAGUUACUGGACAGCACGGCCACGUAGCAUCCUGCUCUUCUAAUGACACCUCCUGCGCUGUUAAACUUCACUGUGGUCGGCCAUACUCAGCCUCCCUGGUGGCAUCUACAGAGAGCUGCAACAGCACCAAACAUGCUGACAUUCAUUUUGAGUCUGCACCCUGUCUCCCAGACGACGUCUCAGCUAUCCUAGAGUGUAACACCAAUGUGAUGAAUGUGAGUUGGACAAAGACAUCAAGCUCGGAAGAUUACACUGCCUGGGCCAUCAGUACAGAUGGACACAGAGCCUGCUGCAACUCAACUUCCAAUUCGUGCUCCAUUCAUGAUCUGGAGUGUGGCAAGGUCUACGAGGUGGCCGUUACCUCGUCCUCUAUUCAAUGUGAAGUCAUUGCAGGCUCUGACUACAAAGUUCAGUCUGCUCCAUGUAAACCUGAGAACACCUCAGUUGUCCAGAACUGCAGCAGCAACGUUGUGUCAGUGAAGUGGAAACAGGGCAGCACAACACAGAACUACACAGUUCAGGCCACGUCUGAUUCAGGUGUUAACUCCACCUGUGAUUCCACUGAGAGCAGCUGCUCCUUCCUGGACCUGAGCUGUGGUCAGCAGUACACCUUCACUGUCAUGGGGCACACCAAUGUCUGCAUGAGCGAGAUGAGCACACCUGUAGAGAAGCUCACUGCCCCAUGUCCUCCUACCAAUGUGUCAGCCCAAUUGAACUGUACCUCACAUAAAGCUAUGGUCAACUGGACUAGCGCAGCUGCAGCCUCCGCUUACAGUGUCCAGGCAAUGUCUGUGGACGGACAUAGCUCCUCCUGCAGUGAGAUGGGCACAUCCUGUUACCUCAAUAACCUGCUCUGUGGACAGGAGUACUCUGUUGUUGUGGAGGCUAUGCACACUGGCUGUCCUGGCCCGGCUAGUACCCCUGCUACGCUUACUACAGAGCCCUGUACCCCCAUGAAUCUCUCUGUCCACUACAAUGUAAGCUCAGCCCAGGUGAUGUGGGCGGCAGCAAAAGGUGCCAGCUCUUACUCUGUUCAGGCUGUGACUGAACAGGGCUUGACAGUCACCUGUAACAGCAACAACACCACCAACUGCUCCCUGAAUGGCCUGCAGUGUGGUCAGAUUUACAAUGUGACUGUGAUGGCGCAAAACCAAGCCUGUGACAGUAUGAUCUCUGAAAUGCAGAAUCUUAUGACAGAACCCUGUCCACCCACCAACGUUCAAGCCAACAUGGCAUGCGAAGAACUCUCUGCCACUGUUUCCUGGCAGAAGAGCAACCUUGCCGUGGGCUAUGUUGCUUACUUUGACAACCAGAGUGGCCACGACACUUCAUGUGUUGCCGCAGACUCAGACGACCAAUGUGUGGUCUCUGGACUGGUGUGUGGCACUAUGUACAAUGUCUGGGUGAAAGCACUGGGAUUGAAGUACAACAGCUCUGACAGCAUGGUGGUUUCUUUUACAUCAGGACCCUGCAAAACAAGCAACAUUGAAGCCAUUAUGGACUGUCAAGCCCACUCUGCUACCGUGUCCUGGCUGCCCAGUGUUGGAACAAAGUACUAUGUUAGUGAGUUGAUAGCUUCAUCAGGCUACACCACCAGCUGCAGCACAAACAACACCAACUGUGAGCUGAACUCCUUGCAGUGUGGAGAGGAGUACAACAUUACUGUGAAGGCUAUAGGAGAUACUUGCAAUAGCACAGCUCAAAUGAUGGGACAUCUCCUCACAGAGCCCUGUACCCCCAUGAAUCUCUCUGUCCACUACAAUGUGAGCUCAGCCCAGGUGGUGUGGGCGGCAGCAAGAGGUGCCAGCUCUUACUUUGUCCAGGCUGUGACUGAACAGGGCUUGACAGUCACCUGUAACAGCAGCAACACCAGCUGCUUCCUGAGUGGCCUUCAGUGUAGUCAGAUAUACAAUGUGACUGUGAUGGCGCAAAACCAAGCCUGUAACAACACGGUGACAUCUGAACCCUAUUGCCUCAUGACAGAACCUUGCCCACCCACCAACGUUCAAGCCAACAUGGCAUGUGAACAACUUACUGCAACUGUUACGUGGCAGCAGAGUGACCUCGCUGUGGGUUAUGUUGCUUACUUUGACAAUCGAAAUGGCCACGACACUUCUUGCAUUGCCUCAGACACAGAAACCAACUGUGUCGUCUCAGGACUUAUAUGUGGCACUGUGUACAACAUCUGGGUGAAAGCACUGGGACAGUGGUAUAAUAGCUCUGACAGUGCAGUGGUCCCUCUUACAUCAGCUCCAUGUCUACCCAAAGAGGUGGAGGGAGGGGUUGACUGUAGCUCUGAUGGUGCUGCUGUUGUGUCCUGGAAUAAAACCUAUGGCACAGCAAACUUUUCCCUGACAGCCAUCUUCAGUGGAAGUCUUCAGACUCUUUGUGAGACUCAGCAAAACAGCUGCAACGUGACAAGUCUAAGCUGUGGGGAAACCUACAAUCUCAGCCUCACUGUCAGCAAUACACAGUGCAGCCUCACUGCACCGCACUCCAACCUCACCACACGUCCUUGUCCUCCUCAACGUGUGGACGUAGAUCUGCAGUGUGGCUCCCACACUGCAGUUAUGUCUUGGGAGGAGAGAUCUGAUGUUGAACUGUAUGUAGCAAGUGCCAUCAAGGCAUCAGGAGGAGAUGUGCAGAAGUGUAACUCUACAAACUCCACCUGUCAGUUUUCCAGUCUGGACUGUGGAGAAGUGUACAACUUUACUGUGACAGCACACAGUCAAGGCUGCUCGAGCCAGGCCAGCAGAACUGUGUUCAUCCAAACAGAGCCUUGCCAGCCUGUGAUCAUGUCUGCUCAGGUGGGCUGCCAUAUUGAGGAUGUUCAGAUCUCCUGGAACCAAGCACGUGGAGUAGUGAAUUACUUAAUAACAGCAACAGGAAGCCUUGGAUAUGUUAAGAGCCACAAUACAACCCAGACCCUUCUGUCAGCUGCUUUACCAUGCGGACAGGACUACAACGUCACUGUACAAGGACAAGGCAGCAGGUGUGAUACCAUCCCCAGCAGUCCUGCCUUCUUCAAAACAGGUCCAUGUAUUCCCCAGGAUUUGACAACCUAUGUGCAAUGUGAGUUCAACGUGGGCUCCGUGAGCUGGGGACCAAGUGAAGGUGCUGAAACAUAUGACGCUAUAGCAACAGGGCUUGAUGGCCACACCCACCAGUGUGUCUCCAACAGCACCUCCUGCACCUGGAAUGACCUGCACUGUGGAGAGGAGUACACUGUUGUAGUGAGAGCAAAGGGCGACAACUGCACCAGUCUGCCAAGCAACAGCACGGUCAUCCAUAUGGAUCCCUGUGUUCCCAGAGAUUUGGCUCCUACUGUGGAUUGUAACACCAAUGUGGUUUCUCUGAGGUGGAAUGCCAGUAAUGAGACAAAGUCAUACAUGGUGUCAGCUGAGGGGGGAAACAACACUAUUGGACUGACAACUAAUGUCACCAUAGCCCACUUCUCUGAGUUUACCUGCGGACAGAACUACAGUCUCACAGUCACAUCUCACAGCCAGCACUGUCCUGGACGCUCCAGUGAACCAGCAACUGUACAGACAUGGCCUUGUCCACCUGUAGGAGUCUCUACCAUGCAGGACUGCCUCUCAGGUAUCGUCAUGGUAAACUGGCAGGCCGGCAAUGGAUCAGACUACUACACUGCCACCAUGCAGACAGACACCGGUAUCUCAAAAGUGUGCAUGUCUGACUCUAAUGAGUGCAGCGUCCCAGGUUUGGCCUGUGGGCAGAACUUCUCUGUGUCGGUCACAGCUUCCAACCAGCAGUGUAAUGUCACCUCCAGUCAGAGCACGACACUGCAGUCAGUGCCAUGUGUUCCCACUAACGUCUCAGUGCUGAUGGACUGUGGUAACAACACUGCUGCUGUAUCAUGGUCUCCCAGUCGUGGUGCUGUAGAGUACUCAGUGACAGCUCUCAGCUCUCAUGGCAACAUCAGCUGCAAGACUUCUGACCUCAGCUGCCACCUUGAAAACCUCACUUGUGGCAGCCGUUACACAGUUCAGGUAGUGGCCAUGGCGGACAACUGCUCGAGUAUUCCCAGCCAGGCUAUGAUGCUCAACUCUGCUCCGUGCCCGCCAGUGAAUGUCAGUGCCGAGGUCUCCUGCUGGUCAAACAACAUGAAUAUUUCUUGGGAUGCAAUGAGAGAAGCAGACCACUAUUUGGUCUCAGUCGUUGCAGACAAUGGGGGAAAAAGCGAGUCAUGCAACACAACAGACACCACAUGUUCAAUCAGCAAUGUCACAUGCGGGAACACAUUCCACGUUCAAGUCAGCUCUGUCCGAGACUCCUGCCGCAGCCGGCACCGCCAGACCCACAACAUUGUGUCAGCUCCGUGCCAGCCCAAAGGAAUCAGAGGUAAUCUCGACUGUGUGACCAAUUCUGCCUGGAUAUCCUGGGACCCUACUCCAGGAGCAGACAGCUACUCAGUGUCAGCUGAAGGUGGAGACAACUAUAGAGCCAACUGCACCACUUCUUCAAACACUACCUGUGAGGUGGAAGACCUGGCAUGUGGCGUUCUUUAUAACUUCAGUGUAACUGCUAAAAACAGCCAGUGUGAGAGCCCGCCUAGCGCCAUCAUUGACUUACAGACAGCCCCGUGCUCUCUCGCUGGUAUCACAGCGGUGCCUCAGUGCCACAAUUCCUCCAUCCUGGUCAUGUGGGAACUGAUGGAAGGCGGCGAUGGAAACACUGUGUAUACUGCCACAGCAGAAGCAAGGGACCAUACCUACCUGUCCUGCAACAAUACAGGAACUAGCUGCUACCUCAGUGGAGCACAGUGUGACUUCCACUACACCAUCAUGCUGUCUGCUUCAUCAGACCAGUGCAGCAGCAUGAGAAGUCCACCGUACCGAAUCAGCAUGGAACCGUGUCCACCCAGGAACCUUGUGGUAAACGCCUCUUGUGAGGACCACAGCGCACUGGUGUCCUGGAGCCCCUCUCCUGUCGCUGAAACGUACCAUGUGGUGGCUACAGGUGUUAACGGACAUGUGGACACUUGCAACUCCACCCUCACUAACUGCAGCUUAACAGAGCUUCUCUGUGACCAGCAGUAUACAGUAAUCGUGACAGCCAGUCAUGAAAACUGCUCCAGCAAGGCCAGUCAGAAUGAAACCAUCACCACAGGUCCCUGCAAGCCUGAUGGUCUCUCAGUCACAGUCCACUGUAGUAAUCAGUCUGCAGUCCUGUCAUGGCGACCCAGUGAUAAUGCUGUACAGUACUACGGCUGUGCCCAGGCUGAAAAUGGAGCGAUGCUGUACUGUCACAGCUCACAUCCCUCCUGUGUUAUCCAGGAUCUUGAUUGUGGAACAGCUUAUAAUUUCUCUGUCCAGGCUUCUGACGGGACGUGCAACAGUUCCUUCAGUGCCAUGAUGCAGAGUGGAGCAGCACUUUGUCCCCCUGAAAACGUUGAGGUGGAGCUAUUGCCAAUGCAGAUGGAGGUCCAGGUGAUGCGCUUCAGUUGGACAGAGAUCUCAUGCAACAACACAGAGUACCGGCUCAAGUUAUCAGGAAGUCUGCUGGGUGACAGCCAAGCCCAGUUCGAGCUCUCCUCCUAUUGGACAAGCGUGACGUUCUAUGAGAUGCCCCUACCCUGUGGUUCAGAGUAUGUUGCUACAGUGGAGAGCAGGAACAACGGGGGUAUAAGUGAUCCUUCUGUGCCUCUCAGUGGAACAACAGCUCCUUGUCCGCCGGCAGGAGUCGUAUACAAUGGUAACAGCUCCUUUGCUGACGUUUCAUGGAACGCCUCCGUGUUUGCCACCAAUUACACGGUGUACGACAGCAGUGUUACACCAUACACCCAGCUUUGCAGGACUGCAGGGCUGUUAUGUUCUCUUUCAAACAUUGCUAAUGCCAACCUGGUGAUCACAGCCAGCAACACGGCUGGAGAGAGUGAAGCAACAAAUGUCACACGUGUUGUAACAGAAAGACGCAGGAGGAGAGAUCUCAGUGAACAAACGCUGGAUAAAGGAGGCCUCUCAGCUCCCCUGCUGCACAUCACACCAGUGACGUCAACAGAUUAUUUCAUUGAGUGGAAUGAAGUCGAAGAUGCUUCAUAUUACAAACUUCUGAUCCAGAAGCAAGGCAGCUCCAGUGAGCCUCAGGAGCUGAUUGUGUAUGGUGAGAGAAUCUUAGUGGAUGAUCUGAGCCCAAACUCAGCCUAUUGUUUCUCUUUGUCAGCCCAGAACUCUACAAUAAGUGGACCAGAGUCGAUGCUUGCAUGUGUGCACACUGGACAGGGGCUCAUACAGUAGGGAAACUAAUCUGCACCUAUCUCCCAUUAAAUGUGAUUACAGUGGCAGCACCACUGACAAAUCUUUCCUGGUUACUCAUUAACUAGAAUUUGAGACCUGGUAGAACAUGGAAAUACCAUAGGUUUCUCACAUUUUCAAGUGUUCAUCAUGAGCUGUAGUUAUUUGAUAUUCACAUAGAUGUUUUCAAACUAAAAAACCCAUGCCCAAA